AUGCCUCCUACCUUCACUCCAGCACUGCAACUUCCAUACGACUCUCCUCAGAAUUCAAAUCUCCCAGGAGUGUCCGCGGUAUUGAAUGCUGAAGAGUCUUAUGAAAGCUUUAGCACUGGAAUAGGACAAAGAUACAAAAUUCAUCAUUUAAAAUUUAAAAAAGGAGAAAUGUCAUCUACAGAGGGUAACAUUAGCCAGGAUGAUGAUAGCUUUAGCUCACAACCUAAAAGCAUAUCACAUCUGGUAUCCAAUCUGAAGCCUUCAAACAAGAUCAGACGCAAGAAAAGGACUAAUUUGUCACCUUCUGCUGGGGAGAAGGAAAACAUAUGCUCCUGGAUUUCAGAAAAUAUUAAAAAGAAAGAAUGCAUGUAUUAUAUGGAAAGCUCAAAAAAUACCAACACAAGAAAAAGUGUCUGCAUGUGUGGAUACCCCAAAGAAAAACACUUGGACAUAGCUACAAGACCACAACCCUUCCAAAGCAAAGAGACAUGGGAUCUUAGAGAACAUAUAAAGGAGAUGCCCACAGAUGCUUUUGGAGAUGUCAGCUUCACUGGCCUUGGUCCCAGAGUUGGAAAGUAUGUGAGAGUGUCUUCUGAUACUCCAUCCGGUGUCCUCUACCAGCUGAUGACCGAGCAAUGGGGUCUUGAAGUUCCCAAUCUUUUAAUUUCAGUAACAGGCGGGGCCAAGGAUUUCCGUAUGAAAAUGAGAUUGAAAAACAUUUUCCGUAGAGGUCUUGUGAAAGCAGCACAAACUACAGGUGCCUGGAUUAUAACUGGUGGUUCUCAUGCUGGUGUAAUGAAGCAAGUCGGUGAAGCAGUAAGAGACUUUUGCAUGGGCAAUGCCAAUAAGAACAGUAAGAUAGUUACUAUUGGUAUAGCUACCUGGGGAAUUGUUCAUAAUCGAAACAGUUUGAUCACUAGUACAGGAGCAUUUCCAGCUGAAUACCAGAUAGAUGAAGAAAACCAAGGAAGUCUGUCCUGUUUAGAUAAUAAUCAUUCACAUUUUAUACUUGUGGACGAUGGUACAAAUGGCAGAUAUGGUGUUGAAAUCAUUCUGCGGGCAAGGCUGGAAAAGUUCAUUUCAGAGCAGACGAAAGAGAAAGGAGGUAAACAAGAGUUUGCCAUCAGGAUACCCAUAGUCUGUGUUGUGCUGGAGGGAGGACCAGGUACACUAGAUACGAUCUAUAAUGCUAUCAGCAACAACACACCAUGUGUAAUUGUGGAAGGAUCAGGAAGAGUAGCUGACGUCAUUGCUCAGGUGGCACAACUUCCCAUUUCAAAAAUUACAACCUCUGUUGUUCAAGAAAAAUUGCGCACUCUUUUUCCUGAUGCAUAUGACACCUUUACAGAGCACAAGAUAGUGGAAUGGACAAAAAAGAUACAAGAUAUCAUGAGGCACAGUCAGUUACUUACCAUCUUCCAGUCAGACAAAGAUGAUCAGCAUGACAUUGAUGUUGCCAUUCUUCAAGCUUUGCUUAAAGCCUCUUUAAGUCAUGAUCAGCAAGGACAUGAGAACUGGGACCACCAGCUGAAGUUGGCAGUGGCAUGGAACCGAGUUGACAUUGCUAGAAGUGAGAUUUUUACAGAUGAUCACCAGUGGAAGCCCUCAGAUCUGCACCCAGUCAUGACAGCAGCAUUGAUUGGCAAUAAGCCAGAGUUUGUUAAGCUUUUCCUGGAACAUGGUGUCCGUCUAGAAGAAUACGCUACUCAAGAAACUAUACUAAACCUCUACAAUAACACAGAAUCAUCAUGCUUAUUCUAUAGUAAGCUUGCUAAAAUAAAAGAGGAUGAAAGAUUUCGCUGUGAAUUUCAAAAGGCAUCAAAACUCCAUCUUCAUCACGUGUCACAGGUUUUAAGAGAACUCUUGGGUGACUUCACAAAACAUCUGUAUCCAAAGCCGAAAAGCACAGACCGACUUCGACUAUCGAUUGCAGUCCCACACAUCAAAAUAAAUGUACAGAAAGUCACACUUCGUUCCUUCCACAAAAGAUCUCAAGGAAAAGCAUCUUGUUCUAUGGAUCCAACCAGAGAUCUGCUUAUUUGGGCUAUUGUUCAAAACCGUAAAGAACUUGCAGACAUCUUUUGGGCACAGUGCCAUGACUGCACAGUAGCUGCCAUAGGCUGUAGUAAAAUUCUAAAGGAGCUCUCAAAAGAAGAAGAUGACACAGAUACAUCUGAAGACAUGCUGGCUUUGGCUGAAGACUAUGAGCAAAAAGCCAUUGGUGUUUUCACUGAAAGCUACAGAAAAGAUGAGGAAAGAGCUCUGAAACUACUUAUACGGGUUUCUGAAGCCUGGGGACAAACCACCUGUCUGAAAUUAGCACUUGAGGCAAAAGACAUGAAAUUUGUAUCUCAUGGAGGUGUCCAGGCAUUUCUUACUCGGGUCUGGUUUGGAGAGUUAAGUGUCGACAAUGCAUUAUGGAGGGUGAUAGUUUGUAUGCUAUUUUUCCCUCUCAUUUAUACACGUCUUUUAACUUUCAGGAAAGAUGAGGAAAUCAUUCAGAAUCAAGUUAUGAAGAAAGAAAAUAACACACAUGACAUGUUUCCUGUGGAAUGUACACCUGGGGAGUGCAUGCCUCCCACAGCCCUUCAAAACAUGACAGGCCGUAAAAUUACAAACUGCAGAAGCAUGACUGAACGUUUCCAAGCCUUCUUCAUGGCACCAGUAGUCAUUUUUCAUCUGAACAUCUUAUCAUACUUUGGUUUUCUGCUGCUUUUUGCAUACGUGUUGAUGACUGACUUUCAGCCCGUGCCUUCCUGGAGGGAGCAUAUCAUCUACUUCUGGCUCUUUUCGCUUGUUUGUGAGGAAACAAGACAGUUGAUUUAUGAUCCUGAUCGAUUUGGACUGUUGAAACAAGCUUCACUGUAUUAUAAUGAUUUUUGGAACAAACUUGAUGUCUGUGCCAUUCUGAUCUUCAUUGGUGGACUGAUUUGCAGGUUAAUUCCAGCAACAUUUUAUCCUGGAAGAAUAAUUUUAUCAUUAGAUUUUGUGAUUUUCUGUUUACGUCUCAUGCAUAUAUUUACCAUCAGCAAAACCCUUGGACCUAAAAUCAUAAUUGUAAAAAGAAUGAUGAAAGAUGUCUUCUUUUUCCUUUUCCUUUUGGCUGUUUGGGUGAUAUCCUUCGGAGUUGCAAAACAAGCUAUAUUGAUUCACAAUGAGAUGAGAGUUGACUGGAUAUUCCGUGGAGUUGUUUACCAUUCCUACAUGACAUUAUUUGGACAGAUUCCUUCUUAUAUAGAUGGAGUGAACUUCAAUCUUGACCAAUGUACCAUAAAUGGGACAGAUCCAAACAAACAGAAAUGUCCUGAAUCCAAUAAGGAGAAUCACCUACCAAUAUUUCCACAGUGGCUGACUGUUUUAUUACUGUGCCUCUAUUUACUGUUCACCAAUAUUCUUCUCCUAAACCUUCUUAUUGCUAUGUUUAACUACACUUUCCAACAGGUGCAGGAACAUACAGAUCAGAUUUGGAAGUUCCAGCGACAUGAUUUAAUUGAGGAGUAUAAUGGUCGGCCACCUGCCCCUCCACCCUUUAUUCUAUUUAAUCAUCUACAUCAGUUAAUUCAAAACGUCAUUCUUCAUAAACCCGCAGGAAGACAAAAGCAACUUAAAGAAAAAUUAGAAAAGAAUGAAGAAGCUGCUCUCCUUUCCUGGGAAACGUAUCUCAAAGAAAAUUAUUUGCAGCACCUUCAGAAGCAAAUGAAGCAAAGUACAGAGCAGAAGAUUAGAGAUACUUCUGAGAAAGUAAAUACAGUUGUGGACAUGUUGGAAUUGGAUCAAGUGAAAAAGAAUGGAUCCAUUGAAAACAGGCUAAUUUUCUUAGAGGAACAGGCAUUAAGAUCUGCUAAAGCAUUAAACUGGAUUGUUAACACACUCCUAGAUAAUGGGUUUGGCUCCAAAGAAUCUGCUCCUGUCGUUGUGUCCAGCAAAUUACUUGGAGAUAUAGACCUAAAAGAUAUGAAUGAAACACUUUUCUCUACAUGCCAUGUUAAUUCAAGGAACAUCCUGUACCCUGACUCUAAUGUAGUACGUUUCCCUGUGCCUGAUGAAAAAGUUCCCUGGGAGGUAGAAUUCAGUAUUUACAACCCUCCUUUUUAUACUGCUAUUAGAAAGAACAAACCCUUCCAUGAUCCUUAUACAGACUCCCCGGAGACUCUGAUGAAAAUCAACUACAACACUUUAGAUGGAACAGUCAAUCGUCAAAGCUACUGUGCAACCUAUGUGGUACAGGAUGGUCUACCACUGAAUCCCAUUGGACGAACUGGAUUAAAAGGCAGAGGCAGUUUAUGCUGGUUUGGUCCAAACCAUGCUAUUCACCCUAUAAUAACACAGUGGAAAAGAAACAAAGAUGGCUCUGUUUGCAGAAAAAAGUCAAAGAAAGUGCUAGAGGUUUUGGCCAUUAAACACGUUUCAUCAGAGCACUGGGCUCUUCUUGGUGGUACAAUGGAACCAGGAGAAACACUUCCGCACAAACUAAAGAGAAUCUUAAAAUAUAGAUUUCUAGAUAAAUUUGAAGAACUGCUGAACAAUGGCAGUGAAGUAUAUAAAGGUUAUGUUGAUGACCCAAGAAAUACAGACAAUGCUUGGAUUGAAACAACUGCAAUAAGCCUGCAUUUUGAUAGACGAGAUGAUCAUGUACUACUGGAAUUAAAUCAAAAUAUUCAAAGUAAGGAACAAGAAAUAUCUGUCCGCUGGCAGGUUGUAGACCAGAAGAUACCCCUUUAUGCAAAUCACAAAGACAUUCUUCAGAAAGUAGUAGAUUGUUAUAACGCUUAUUAUUAAUAGACAGUACAUGCUUUAGCUUGGAGAUUUCCUACA